AUGGCGCUGACUACUCCUAACCCAAUGGGACCAUGGAAGGUGAGUGAAUGUUAUGUCUACCACGUUUCCACAACUAUUGAACAACUCUCCAGAACCUUUCCCAUUAUUUUUCAUAAAAAGACGUACAGUUGAAGUCGGAAGUUUACAUACACCUUAGCCAAAUACAUUUAAACUCAGUUUUUCACAAUUCCUGACAUUUAAUCCUAGUAAGAAUUCCCUGUCUUAGGUCAGUUAGGAUCACCACUUUAUUUUAAGAAUGUGAAAUGUCUGAAUAAUAGUAGAGAGAAUGAUUUAUUUCAGCUUUUAUUUAUUUCAUCACAUUCCCAGUGGGUCAGAAGUUUACAUACACUCAAUUAGUAUUUAUUAGCAUUGCCUUUAAAUUGUUUAACUUGGGUAAAACGCUUUGGGUAGCCUUCCACAAGCUUCCCACAAUAAGUUGGGUGAAUUUUGGCCCAUUCCUCCUGACAGAGCUGGUGUAACUGAGUCAGGUUUGUAGGCCUCCUUGCUCACACACGCUUUUUCAGUUCUGCCCACACAUUUUCUAUAGGAUUGAGGUCAGGGCUUUGUGAUGGCCACUCCAAUACCUUGACUUUGUUGUCCUUAAGCCAUUUUGCCACAACUUUGGAAGUAUGCUUGGGUCAUUGUCCAUUUGGAAGACCCAUUUGCGACCAAGCUUUAACUUCCUGACUGAUGUCUUGAGAUGUUGCUUCAAUAUAUCCACAUAAUUUUCCUUCCUCAUGAUGCCAUCUAUUUUGUCAAGUACACCAGUCCCUCCUGCAGCAAAGCACCCCCACAACAUGAUGCUGCCACCACGUGCUUCACGGUUGGGAUGGAGUUCUUCGGCUUGCAAGCCUUCCCCUUUUUCCUACAAACAUAACGAUGGUCAUUAUGGCCAAACAGUUCUAUUUUUGUUUCAUCAGACCAGAGGACAUUUCUCCAAAAAGUACGAUCUUUGUCCCCAUGUGCAGUUGCAAACCGUAGUCUGGCUUUUUUAUGGUGGUUUUGGAGCAGUGGCUUCUUCCAUGCUGAGCGGCCUUUCAGGUUAUGUCGAUAUAGGACUCGUUUUACUGUGGAUAUAGAUAUUUUGUACCUGUUUCCUCCAGCGUCUUCACAAGGUCCUUUGCUGUUGUUCUGGGAUUGAUUUGCACUUUUCGCACCAAAGUACGUUCAUCUCCAGGAGACAGAACGCGUCUCCUUCCUGAGCGGUAUGACUGCUGCGUGGUCCCAUGGUGUUUACACUUGCGUACUAUUGUACAGAUGAAAGUGGUACCUUCAGGCGUUUGGAAAUUGCUCCCAAGGAUGAACCAGACUUGUGGAGGUCUACAAUUCUUUCUGAGGUCUUGGCUGAUUUCUUUUGAUUUUCCCAUGAUGUCAAGCAAAUAGGCACUGAGUUUGAUGGUAGGCCUUGAAAUACAUCCACAGGUACACCUCCAAUUGACUCAAAUGAUGUCAAUUAGCCUAUCAGAAGCUUCUAAAGACAUGACAUCAUUUCCUGGAAUUUUCCAAGCUGUUUAAAGGCACAGUCAACUUAGUGUAUGUAAACUUCUGACCCACUGGAAUUGUGAUACAGUGAAUUAUAAGUGAAAUAAUCUUUCUGUAAACAAUUGUUGGAAAAAUUACUUGUGUCAUACACAAAGUAGAUGUCCUAACCGACUUGCCAAAACUAUAGUUUGUUAACAAGAAAUUUGUGGAGUGGUUGAAAAACGAGUUUUAAUGACUCCAACCUAAGUGUAUGUAAACUUCCGACUUCAACUGUAAGAAGAGAAAGGAAAUCUUUGCACACGGCAGUGCGUUCUCUAGCAGAGACACUGGUUGUGUUAAAAACAGUUUUGAAAAAACAGCAAUCGUGGGUCGGGCAGAUUGCAAAUAUGCACUAUAUCCUCUGUCCUAGAUCACAGUCUACGACCAGGAGAACUUCCAGGGAAAGCGUAUGGAGUUCACUGCUUCCUGCCAGAACAUCAUGGAGUGUGGCGUGGACAACAUCCGCUCCCUGAAGGUUGAGUGUGGAGCGUAAGUCAACCAGACCCCCAAAACACAAACAUAUCUACAUACUGUAGGAUAUUUAUCUCCCUGACAGGUUACACAUAAUCCUUCAGGGGCCAGGGGACCAUUGCACAGGCAACAGUUUCUAAGGGAUACUGAUAGACGCAUAAUGUAUCAUAGACAUAGACAAUUUAAUAAAAAACAUGACAAAGUUUUUGCCCCACCCUUGUAUCUAUCCACAUGUACUGUUUAUCAGGUCCCGUGUAGCUCAGUUGGUAGAGCAUGGCGUUUGCAACACCAGGAUUGUGGGUUCGAUUCCCUCAGGGGGCCAGUAUGAAAAAAAAAAAUUAUGCACUCACUAACUGUAAGUCACUCUGGAUAACAGUGUCUGCUAAAUGACUAAAAUGUAUCUGUCUGCAUGUACUGUUUGUCUCUCUGUCACUCUUUGUAUCUGUCUGACUUUCCAUGUCUCUCUCUCUCUGUCUCUCUCUCUCUCUCUGUAUGUGUAGCUGGGUAGGGUACGAGCACUCCAGCUUCUCUGGGCAACAGUUUGUGUUGGAGCGUGGAGAGUACCCUCGCUGGGAGUCCUGGAGCGGCAGCAAUGCCUACCACAUCGAGAGGUUGAUGUCCUUCCGCCCAGUCUGCUCUGCCGUGAGUGUACUAGCCAAGCCUACUUCCUGUUCCUGCCAGACCAGGCCAGACAGACACUCUCCUCUGUGGGCUAUGUUCCAAUAUCCAUUCUAGCAUUCCACUUAGAAUGCCCAAUACAUUGAUUCAUUCACAUAGUAUGUUAGUAAAGAUAUUGAAACAGAGGCCCGAUAUUGGAACAGAAGCCCGGGUUCUGGCCUCAGUCCAUGUCUCUGGCUCUACUUACUGUUACUGACACUGACAUUAUUACAUUUAACAGAUCCUUGAUAGCCUCUACCAGCGUUAUUGAAAGCACUAAUUUACAAAGUGAAUAAAACACAGAAAAUAAAGAUUUCCUACUUUCCGUCAUAAUUCUACACAGUAUGUCUUUCGUAAAUAGUUCUGAGUGAAACAGGUUGAAUGUAACCUGAAAUUGCCCACUCCUCUCUCUGAACUGCACAGAACCAUAAGGAGUCCAAGAUUGUGGUGUUUGAAAGGGAGAACUUCAUUGGCAAGCAAUGGGAGAUGAACGAUGACUACCCCUCCCUGCAGGCCAUGGGCUGGGGCAACAACGAGAUCGGAUCCAUGCAGGUCCAGAGUGGAGCGUAAGUAAAAGGAGAAGAAUCCCUGGCUUCCUUUUUCACACUACAGAAGACUACGCUCAUAACAAUCAGAAAUAGAGGAAUCAAUUGCGUCUAGUGGUCGCAAAACUUGGACAAACUGCUAAAAAGGUGUAAUGUGCAGUAAUAACUAUACAAUUAAAAUCAAUGUUAAUAACUAGAUAAACUGUGAGAGGAUAAUCCUUCCUGUCAUAGAUCAUAAUAGAACUAAGCAAAAAACUAGUUCAGGACUGAAAUGAAGAAUUAUCUAAAUGAGUGUCUGUGACCUUACUGACCUCUCUUUGCCAAACUUGUUUUUUAUAUAUAUAUAUAUAUAUAUAUAUAUAUAUUUUGAUAUAUAUAUUUUUUGAUAUAUUUUUUGUUGUUAAAGGGACACUAUGGUGAAAAAUUUGAAAGAAAUAGCUAUUAUGUGGUGUCCCUGGAUAUUAUACAGAGGACUAACAUGUACUGUAGAGGCCAACUCUUUCUGAUCUACAAGUGUCUAGACUCUAGAGCAGGGAUGGACAACUUUGAUGGGGGUGGGGGCCACAAACAAAUCGGAACAUCAUCCUGAGGGACCACAGUGGCUGGGGGGUCUGCAUACCCACAUCCAUACCCACACUUGUAGUCAGAGCCGGCCCUAACCUUUUGGGGCCGUAAGCAGAAUUCCCCCCCCCCCCCCCACCUCUUGACAGCGAAGAUAAACGUUUUUGAGUUAAUUUCCUGCAAUUCCACACAUUUUGCCAUGGGACGUAGAGAAAAUGUUACAGUAUUAAAGUAAGUUUGCUGCAAUACUACGCAUGCCAUGGCGCGGAGAGAAGAUGUAGUUCUUUUCUAACAAAUUUCGUGCAAUUCUACUCAUUUGCCAUGGGGCGGAGAGAAAAAUGUGCCGUUUUUAAUAUGAUAUCUGAUGAUUAACGGGGGACCACCGGUCGGUAAUUCGACCAUGAUUACUACAAGUUUAAAUAGCUGGCCGCUAGAAUAACUUACCAAUCUAAAAAAAUGUUGCUGACAUGGGCUAAUUGAGUGACUGUUAGUGACUGACAUAACAAGAGAAAAACUGUUGAUGCACAACCAAAUUUCGAAAUUGCGCCUUCAGUAUUUGGUCUUUUUUUUUUUUUACUUGAUCCGCGGGCCUAAGAAAGUGGCCGCCACUUGCACAUCCCUGCUCUACAGGGUAAGGGCUCGGGCUUGUUUCUGGGUAUUUUAUCACUUCACCCUCUUCCUCUCUCUCCCUCUCCCCCUUUAGCUGGGUGUGCUACCAGUUCCCCGGUUACCGUGGCUACCAGUACAUCAUGGAGUGUGACCGUCAUGGUGGAGAGUACAAACACUACAGGGAGUGGGGCUCCCAUGCUCAGACCUUCCAGGUCCAGUCUCUGCGCCGCAUCCAGCAGUGAGAGCUUCCACAGCCUCCUCCCUCUUUCACCCCUCCUCCUCUUCGUCUUCUCCC